UAGCGUGAUAGUAGUAGAGCUCGCUCUAAUCGAAGACGACGUCGAUGUUUCAGAGAAUAAAGCGGGCAAUAAUUACGGCCGAUUUUAACGAAACUAAUAAUAAUAAUAAUAAAAAAAAAAUAAUUUAAAUGACGAUUUUAAAUAAUAUGUUGCCGGGUGUUUGUUCGAGGUAUAAGUCCUGAUGUGUCUUAUUAUUAUAAAAAGAAAACAAAUCCUAACAAUGUUGAACUUUCGUCGACUUAACUGGAAUUAAUCAGAUCAACAAGAAAAAUCUUGAUGUAAUGCGAAAUAAACUAAACGAAUCCGCAUGCGCGGCCCUUUUAGACGAAGUGAAUUUCGGCGAUUCUCGUUUACUAUUAUCUUUAUCGGUGCUAGCUAUGAUAAAUGUUAUGGUAAUUGUAGGUAACUGUCUUGUCAUUGCCGCCGUUUAUUAUUCCUCGAAACUGAGAUCCGUGACGAACUUUUUUAUAGUCUCGCUAGCUGUGGCGGAUUUAAUGGUGGGGGUUGCCGUUUUACCAUUCUCAGCUACUUGGGAGGUAUUUAAGGUUUGGAUUUUCGGUGACAUUUGGUGUCAAGUGUGGUUAGCGGUUGAUGUUUGGAUGUGUACGGCUUCGAUUUUAAACUUGUGCGCGAUAUCUUUAGAUCGUUAUGUGGCCGUAACCAGACCUAUAACUUACCCUAGUAUCAUGUCACAUUCAAGGGCGAAGGGUCUAAUAGCGGGAUUAUGGAUACUCAGUUUCGUUAUCUGUUUUCCACCGUUGGUGGGAUGGAGAGAUAGAAAACUUUUAGAAGUGGAUUAUUCGCGGGACGGCAAUUCGACUCAAGAUACACUUACGGCGAUAACCCCGGCGUCUCACUGUCCUUGGCAGUGCGAAAUAACGAACGAAGUGGGAUACGUCGUCUAUUCGGCGCUCGGUUCAUUUUAUAUUCCCAUGUUCGUGAUGCUAUUCUUCUACUGGAGGAUAUACAAAGCGGCAGUAAGGACAACAAGGGCAAUUAAUCAAGGAUUCAGGACGACGAAAGGUUCCCGUGGAAUCGGUAACAGAUUCGAGGAGCAGCGACUCACUCUACGUAUACACCGAGGUCACGGUUCAUCCGGUAAAAGAUCGUUCGGUUCGCCGUAUAGUAACGAGAGUAGUUGCAAUACUACGACCGGAAGUACGAGCGCUAGUCCCAGUCCGUCGACUAGAGGGCGACACGAGAAGGUUAAAAUAAGCGUGAGUCAUCCUUCAUCGGAAAAUCUAUCCCCUCCUUUAUUAGCGGUAACACCUACGUCUCCGACGACGCAAAUUUCUUACGCAGUCCAUUACACGGCAAACGGUAAAGACACGCCGUCUAGCAGCGUCCGACGUCCGAGUGCGAGUAAAGAAUCACGUGGCGGAAAUCAAGAAACGCAUCUACGCGUCCACCGCUUCGGUUCGUAUCGUCGAACAUCUUCGCGCAGAUCGAGCAGUUGCGAUAGCACGUGCGAUAGAGCCUCCAGCCCGAGUUUGAGCGGUUGCGAAGAUGGCAGCGGUAAGAAACAGAUUUCCGGAAGAAUGGGAAAGAGAAAUAUUAAGGCGCAGGUUGGUAUGGCACCGGCUUCAUUUGGUAUUUGCAAUCUGUGGACGUUCAUCUAUAGCGGGUUAAAUACAGUGGCGGAUUUACCAGUGAAACGUUUUCGUAUGGAAACUAAAGCGGCAAAAACAUUGGGAAUUAUAGUCGGUGGUUUCAUAUUCUGUUGGCUGCCAUUUUUCACGAUGUACUUAGUUAGAGCGUUUUGCCACGACUGCAUUAAUCCUUUGCUGUUCUCGACUCUCUUUUGGUUGGGAUAUUGCAACAGCGCCAUUAAUCCGCUAAUUUACGCUUUAUUUUCCAAAGAUUUCAGAUUCGCUUUCAAAAGGAUAAUCUGCAAAUGUUUCUGCAAAACAACCAACAGAGAUUCGCGUCGAGGUUCGGACGGUUCCCAACUUCAAGUAAAACACUUCAGGUUACCGAGUUACAAAUCUCAAAAUCCAGGAGGUUCCGUAGGAGACGACAGCGAUCCCAUCGAAGAAAUAACCGAUUCCAGGUGACGUAAUUUCAAAAAAUUAAAGACGCAGCAGGGGGAAUCUGUUUUGAAGGUGGCCAUGUGUAUGAUGGGCGGCUGACAAAAAUCUAACGUCGAUUCUUCGGUUUGAAUUCUAACUUUAUAAAAAAUUGUACGACAAUAAUUUGUAUUUCCGUUUUGGAUUUCAAUAAAAACACGUUGACUUAGCGUUGUCGAGGUUCUAAGAUCCAUUUAUCCUAACCUAACCUAAUUAUUUUCGAAUUAAUCCCACAAAAUUUAUAAAUUUAGUUAAAAAAUCGAAUCAUUUAACUAAUUUUCGAUAUAUCGGAUCUCGAUAAAUGGAUUUUACGACGUCGAAAACGCUUUAUUAACGUGUUUUUAUCCCGACAUAGACAAAUUGCAGUAAAAUCCAAUAAAAACAUUCCGUUGAAAAAACAAAGACUAAUAUUUGAAAUUACCGAAUCGUUUUGAUAUUGUAAAUAAUAUAAAAGUAACCAGUUUACAUAUAUAACGUUCCUAAACGACUGUGUUUAUAAAAAAAAUUGUAUAUAUAUAAAUUUCCAAUGAAAAAUUCCGGACGUAGUUUAAAAUAAAUUUAGAACGCCCCUCGUAUACAGUCGAACCACCCAAAUCGACGUGACUUCGCGUUUAAACGUCGUCGCGCUAUGAAUAAAUUGAAAAAAUUGAAAGCAAAAACAAAUUUUUUACGAAAAUAAUCGUUUUUCUUUGCGUACUGAAAAGAUACGGAAAAAAAGUCGAAAUAAACAUCGACACGUUCUCGGAAUUCGUCGCCCACUCGCCGCAUUUUUUGUUCUGUUCGACUCUCAACUUUUUCGGCGCGGUCUCGAUCGAUUACGAUACGAGGGGCGUUCGAAAAAAACAAUUGCGAACACAGUGUAUUAGAUUUAAGGGAAUAAAUUGUAAAUUGCAUUGUACCUAAUGAGAUAUAUUUAAGAUGGAUGUCGUUCAAUAAAAUAUUUAUCAGA